GCGUAUGACAUCAUUGCCUUUCGUUCACACACUAUAGUGCCGUCGCACUCUAACACUUGGCAUUGCUUUAACUUCCUUUGUGUGUAGUCGUCUAUAUAGCAGAGCCAUCAUCGGGCACACACAGAUACUACACACAAAUACAUUAUUUUGUCGAUGGGAACGAGAGAAGGAAGGGAGGUAGAAAGAAGGGAAAAAACACAACAACAAGAGGUCUAUAUGCCGCUUCAAGACUCUGGUGCACAUAUCUUUCACAACGACUGGUUAUUUCUGAUUUUACUAUGGUAGACUAAGUACACGUUCGUUCGCUCGCUCGCUGGUCGCACAUAAACUUUUUGUCGUAGUCGUACAUUUCAAAAGCGCGUAUUUUUUAAAAAAAGCAAAACAAAUAAGUUCCUAGAAUAUGAAACUGGGAUUAAUAAGAAAAUCUAAUUAAAUCGACUAGCAAAAUUGCAUAAAAAUAAAAAACAAAAUAUAAAUUGUUAAAAAAAGUUUGCGAACAAAAUUGUGAUUUUUGAAAUAGAAAAAUUAUUAUUGCAAAAAUAUAGAAAGAAAGAAAUUAACAGUCAAAUUAAUUUAUCUACAAUUAUUGUUUACAUUAAACAGUUAAACUACCUGCAAAGUAUUUUGUUUGUUGACAUUUACUAAAAGAAUAAGGAAUAUUAAUUGUGCAAAAAGAAAAACAUAAAUGAAAACAAUAAAACAGUGAAUUUUCGCGCAUAAGAAAGACAUAAUCAAAACAAACCAUAACCAACCAUUCAAUCAAACAACAAUAAUAAAAACAAAAACAAGAAAAACAGCAAAUAAUUCAUACAAGAUCCAUUGAUCAACAACCAAUUUUUGUGCAUGCACUCAUUCAUUCAUCCAUCUACUCACUCACUAAUCUAAUGAUUGAGAAAAAGAAUAAAGAAACUAAAUUGAACACAGAAAGUUGAUAAUGUAUGUGAACAGAUAAGAAGGUACUGAAAACAAAACGUUCAAGUGAAAUAUAAAACAAAGAUCAACAUCAAUAAAAAUUAAGAAGAGACAAGAUAAAUUAGAGAAAAAAGAAAGAUGUCAAAAAUUAACUGUCAAAGACUGUGCUGUCGUUGUUUAUAUCUGAAUGUAUGUUUUUUGUUGUAAUAAACCAAAACACACUCACACAGCCAAACUAUUAAACGAAAACAAAACUCUACUACAAAGUUUGUUAUAAAAAAAUAUUAAAAGUGGACAACCUAACAUUGGAGGGAUCUUUCCACUUUGCAACGCCACAAAGCAUACAAGAUAGUAUUGUGGAUUUAUUCAUAAGGUUUAACAAAACAAUGUGCACAGAGGUCAACUCAGCCAUGGGUCUACAAGCCACAACCGCUACAAAGCGGAAACAUGAUCUUACAUUUGAUAGCAAGGACGCAAACACCUACACAAAUUGUCCGCCGCCAAUAAAGACCAGUAAAUGGUCAUUGAAUAAUAAUAAUUACAUCGAUGCUGUCGGAGAACAAAAAGCAGCUAUUAAUGGUACUAAGACAAACAGCCACAAUAAUAACAACAAUAACGAAAAUAAAAGCUGUGACAUUUCGUGCGGCACUCUUUCGUAUAGUCUAAGAAAUGGUAAAGAAGUUUCAAGAACUAAAGUGACAACACCAAAGCCCGUUUUAAAUGCCAUUGUCGCUAAUAUACCAGUUGCUGGUGAAGUUGAUGCAACGACACCAUUGCCGCCUACAUCAUCGUCUCCAGUGCCGGAGGAUAGCAUAGCAAAGCUGGAGGUUGUGGCAAGCGUACCAUGGACCACCGCACCUGAACCCGUCGAUUGUAUAUCAAAAUUACAGGCAGUUGCUGUACCUAGCGAUCCUUGGGGCAGCAUUUCAACACGCUCAACUCUUGCCACUACAUUGCUUAGCGCUGAUGAAUUAGAUGAUGAUGACGAUGACUUCGAAGAUGACUACGAAGAAGAAGAAAGUAUUAUUCCCACAUAUUGUCCUUUGAGAUACCACACAUUCCCAUCGGCGAAUUCAUCGACAUCACCAUCGAAUCAUCAAACUCAGCGUAUGCCAAGCGGUUUCACUACUUCUCAGAGUUAUGGAUCAAGGCCCAACUAUUACUCUGAACCUUUUCCUCAACAAAAUUGUUCGCGCACUGGCAGUCCCCAACAUUUGCGAGUUGGUAAUGGAUUUGCUUGGCCAAAUGGCAACAAUAGCGGUUUUUACGCAUCACCAGAAUCUGCCUACACGUCUCCCCAACAUCAACAACAAACCGCGUCACAACAACAUCAACCUCAAGCUCAACAACAAACAAUUAGGUGUGCGGAGAAUGGCAAAUCUUAUUUAGAACUAGGAUGCAGUAGUCCAAUACAGAAUGUGACAAAUAAUACGGUUCCAGCAUCAUCACCCACGCCAUUCGUAGGUCUACAUGUCGCUGCCCCCGCACCUCAUGAAACCAGACUUCCAUUGAAACGCUGCUGUGACGGCCGAGGCUCUUGGUGUGGCUCAAACAAAUCCUGCUACAAAGACAUUCGACUAAAAAUUCGAAAUUUAUCCAUGUUUAAGCUGUCACGCUUCCGUCAAGUGUCUGAACAGUCUUUAUAUAGAUCAGUAUUAAUCUGUAAUACGCUAAAAAGAAUCGAUAGAGAAAUUGAAGCAGAGGCAAAAGAAUUACACCAGGCGGCAGCGCAAGUAGCGCAACAACACCAUAACCACAUUAAUCACACCACUACUGCUCAUCACCAACCCCAGUCACAGUACCAUCAUCAUCUGCAUUCUCACAUACAGAUACAGUCGCCACUACCAUCUCACAACAACAGCAACAAUGGACACCAUCAUCAACUGCCUCAACAACAACAACAUCAUUCCCAACAGCCCAUGCUACACCCUCAACAUCAAGACUAUAUGCCAGUUCCCAACUGCGGUCGCCUCGGUGGUAAUGUUGAGUACCAGAAUCACCAACAGCAACAAUCUGCAGCGCAACAAAAUUUUCACCAUCAUCUCUAUCAAAAUGAACGUAUGGAAACGUCACCUUUUCAGAAUUCUUUGCAAAAACCCGCACCAUCGAGUCAAUUUGUACAUAAUCAAAGUUCUAACACUUGUUCGGGAUCUGUGACAACAACUCUUCAUCCAUAUGAUCAUUAUCCCUUUCGGGAAACUCAUUCGGGACGUGCCACUCCUUUUCCAAGCCAACCUGUGAUAUCAUUACCACCUGCUUCAGCCUCUGCAUCCACGUCAACAUCGUCGUCUCAAGUGCAAUCAUCUGUGACAUCUCCUGCAAUAAAUACCACAACAGUUUCGACGGCCACAUCGAUAGCAUCUGAUGCGGAUUCCGGUUAUGCGGAUGACGACUCAACCCGUUCUAUUAACUGGAGCUCCGUGCUAAGUCUUUCCUCCCAAUCUGCCUUAGAUCCGCUCAACAACAACGAUCUAUUUUCAAUACUACCACCUGCGAAUCCAGCUACUGCCGUACCCGUUUCCAUACCUGCAUCUUCCUCCACAACAAAUGGCAGCGAAACAAAUUCGAGCUCAUCCAUGGCUGUGGCAAUCAGUGGUACUUUUACGACUGUUCAGUCAUCUUCAUCGGCUUCGCCAGCUGCCACAAGCAGUUUAUGCAACACAUCUACAAUUCCUCCCUCAGCCACAACUACCGCCACCUUCACGACAUUAUCGACCAUCUCGUCUGCCACUCAUUCACUAACCUCAUCCUAUGUCAGCAGUAUGAGUUCCAAUUCAGCAUCUGCUUCAUCGACAUGGGAAUAUGGUUUUCUAGACAUGGAAUUUGGUUUGGGCACUGAGUUUACGGAACUAGCUCCUAGCUGCAAACUCUCAGCGGACGAUUUUGGAUUUAAAAACAGCCUAACACCCGUAACAGUUACACGUUACGACAAUGAACUCGAACAACCUGCACAUAUAAUGGUCGGCAGUUAGUAUCAGUUGUAAACAACUCCUCUACAAUUAGUUUUAUUAUGUUGCAAACAGGCCACUACCACCUCCUCGUCCAAAAAAAGUAUUUCUAACAUUUAAGUUGAAGCUCAUCCAGCUUAAAAAUGCCACUUUAAAUCUAUAAGUUACAAUCUAAGUUUACGUAUAUUUUUUAUUAAAAACAUCUUCAGUUAUUCUCUUUUUAAAAGUAAAUUGCUCAGGUUGUGAACACAGUUUUUUUCUCUAACCGUUAGAAUUUUUUACACUAAAGUGCUACACACGGAUGCAAAUGAUCAUUGAACGCGAAAGCAAUUUUAAGAAUCUUUAUUUCUACUCUUAAAUUAUUGUGAAUUGAAUUUUUAAUAUAAAUUUUAAAAUUUGAAAUAUUGAUUUAAUUUUGUGUAAAAAUCAUCACUUAUUUUUAAUAAUGUGAAAAAACAAGUGGUCUUUGACAUCCAAUAGCGCAAUGCUUUAUAAUAAACUUGUAUUUAAUUCCUAUUUUCUGCAUAAAACUAGAAAAUUUUUCUGAAUAUUUUGUAAAUAAUUGUAAUUAAUAAUAAAUUAAUUUAAGAACUUUCAGAAUCUAUCGUUAGCUGCAAUCUAAGAUAUUGUUAAUAAUUUAAGAAAAUAAGAAUUUUAUUAGAAAAUGAACUUCUAAAAGAGUUUCUUCAUUUAAUUUUGGUUUAAGUGAAAAUCAUUGUAAAUAGUUUCCAAGGUAUUUUAUUUUUAUUUAUGAAAAAAACAGCUAAAAAUAUUUCAAAAGAACAAAAAGAAAAACAAUGUUAUAAAAACACAAAUAAA